ACGUACACAGGUGGAGUACAGUAAAGUAAAUCAGACAGCUGAAAGUGCAGAAUAUGUGUGGGAGUUUGUCAGGAGAAAUUAUCAGCUUUCCCUCUGCAACAUUAUUCAUGUGUUUUUCAGUUUAAAAAAGUAAACAAUGUCUGUGAUCCUGGCUGGUAAAGCUGAGCUCUGACUCAAGUCAGGUCAGAGCUUAUUUAUCAGCUUUUCCUCUUCAGGGCCCCUUUGAAUCAGCUAAAUAACUGGAUGAACAGGAACCAUCGGAUGCUGCCGCGGAGAGAGUGACGAAUAACUGCGUGGACCUUGUUCACCUCGCGCAACAAUCACGGCUUUUAUUAAAACAUGUCCAAAGAGAUUUUUAACACACAUUUCAGGCUCUCCCUUCAGUCUUUGUGGUCCGCCGUCUGGCAGCAGCGCGCUGCGCCUGUCUGGACCUUUUUGGGACACUUCCUGCUUUUGAGGCUCGAGCUGCAGCCGCGUGUCGGUCCCGUUGACUCCGGCCGCGUCCGAAAGCUGGUGUGUUUGUGUUCAAGGCUGCUGCUAUCGUGACUUAACAUCUUCAGCGCUUUAGCCACCGUUUAUUUGAGGAGGGGGGAAAUGAGGCGUAGCGUUGCGUAAGGGUGCCAGAAGAAGAAGGAGAAGAAAGACAAACCGGAUUCAAACAGGUGUCCGCUUGUCUCCCAUCAGCCCGAGCCCGGAGGAGGAAGAGAGCGAGAGAGAGAGGGAGAGAGAGGGGGGAGGAGGUUACAAAGAGGGACACAAGAACGAACAUUUGUCAGGAAAUAACGCUGUCAAUGGGAAAAUCAAUCCGACGUGUCGUCUCGGUGUGAAGCCACGCGCUCCGUCGGCUCAGCGGUGAUGGAGACCCGGCAGGACGAGUCCGUCUGUUAAUGUCGGAAGCGGCUCGUACUGAGAGACAGACAGGUGAACAAAGAUAACCCGCGCAUCUCCUUUCUUUCUUUCACUGUGUCUCGGAGGAGGAAGAGGAGGUGACAGACGAGGGGGAGGCGGUGACCGACAUCCCCCACGGGACAGGCCGACCGACCCACGCUUCUAACAGAUUUGAAGGUUCAGAGGAUUUCGCCCCCUGGUGAAGAGGCACACCGCCGGUCCCGUGGCUUCGGCGACGUCCGCUUUCGCAAACGAACUCGUUUCUGACCAAUUGGCUGGGUCUUUCAAAGGACUCCCUCCUGUACCGACCAAGUGCGCCGCGUUUCAUCAUGACAACGCGGAAAGCCAGCUGUGUGACGGACACGGUGACCACCUCCACUUCCACCACCACCACCAACAACAACAACCACCACCAGAACCAGCCGAGGAGCCGGAGUCCCAGCAGCGGGGAUCCGGCGUCCGAGGCGGCGGGCGGAGGCGCGGAGAUGUUCGGUGAAUUUCAGGACUGGUGCCUGCGAACGUACGGGGACUCCGGCAAGACCAAGACCGUGACCCGGCGUAAAUACAACAAAAUCCUCCAGACCCUCCUCCAGGGGGACGAGGAGAACAGCAACGGGGUUUUCCUGCAUGAGAAGAGCAACAACCACAUCAACGCCAAAUUCAAAUUCUGGGUCAAGUCCAAAGGCUUCCAGGUCAGGACGCUGCAGGACGCCAAGAACGGCUCGUCGGACAGACCGGUGCUGUACGUGCCCAUCAAGGCGGCGUGUGUGGACAGCGUGUCGGGGGUGGACUCGUCCCUGAAGCGCGUGGCGGUGGUGGAGGAUUUCUUCGACAUCAUCUACGCCAUGCACGUGGAGAUCAGCACCGACCCCGGCAAAGCCCCGAAACACGCCGGCCAGAAGAAGACCUACAAAGCUAUCGCCGAGACGUACGCCUUCCUGCCCAGAGAGGCGGUGACUCGUUUCCUGAUGAGCUGCGGCGAGUGUCAGAAGAGGAUGCACAUCAGCACCGCAGGACAGGACUGCAAAGAGAACGACAGGCCGAGCUCUCUGGUACUGGAGGUGAUCGACUACAACAUGCCUCUCACCACCACCUACAUGAAACAGAUGAAGCUGCAGUGUAUGGGCAACAACAAGGAUGACAGCUCACUGAGCAGCGAGGAGGAGGCAGAGAUGAGCGAGCCCACGUGGCUAGCAGCUGAUCUGGGAGCAGCGUCCAACCUGAGCCCGGCCGGCCGAGGAGAGAGGAUGCGCCACAGUCCCCAGAACGCCCACAGCAAGGAGGACGACGAGGAUUCAUCAUCAGAGAGUGGCAGCGGAAAUGGCCUGCCCACGCUGACCCCCCCCUCCUCCACUGUCACGGACGGCGCCAUAGUCAGGGAAGCCGAGGUCAUCAAUGGCAACGGAGUCCCCGCUCCGCUGGACUUCAGCACGCCCACUUCCUCGUCGUCAUCGUCCGAGGACCAGCAGCCGAUGAACCUGAGCGACCCGCCCCCUCAGCGCCUGCCCCUGUCCACCUCACACCUGCCCGUCACCGUGUCGGCAGCGGCCGCUGCUCUGCUCGGCGCUCUGCAUCCCAACGCGCCCGAGGAGCUCCGCAGGAAGUACCCGCUGGCUGCCAAACCUCCCCUGGCCCCUCACCCGGCCCUGCCGCUGCCGCACACACACUCCCUUCACACACAUAAUGCACACACUCCCAACACACACUCUGCAGAGCUGCGACUGGACCGAGACGGCAGGGACUACGGGGGCAAGUCCCCCCAGUACAGUUCGGGCGGCAGCUACGACAGCGUGAAGAUGGACUUGAGCGCAGAGGACCUGUCCGUGGGACGUCAUGGCAGCCAGGUUGCCCCCGACGAUGACGACGACGACCACGACCACGAUGACCACGACGACAAUGACAAGAUCAACGACACGGAGGGAGUCGACCCUGAGAGACUAAAGGCCUUCAAUAUGUUUGUGCGUCUGUUUGUGGAUGAGAACUUGGAUCGGAUGGUUCCCAUCUCGAAGCAGCCCAAGGAGAAGAUCCAGGCCAUCAUCGAGUCCUGCAGCAGACAGUUCCCAGAGUUCCAGGAACGCGCCCGCAAACGCAUCCGCACCUACCUCAAAUCCUGCCGACGCAUGAAGAAGAACGGCAUGGAGACUCGUCCCACUCCACCUCACCUCACCUCAGCCAUGGCUGAGAACAUCCUGGCUGCCGCCUGCGAGAACGAAUCACGCAACGCCGCCAAGAGGAUGCGCCUUGAAGCCUAUCAUGAUGAGCAGAUCUCUCUGGACAAGCCGUCCGUCGGCGGUGGCGGGCUGAGGGAGCCGGCGUCCCUCACUCACUCCGCCUACUCCCUGGCCGCAUCAGCCUUCUCCUCCCAGGACACCCCGCUCUACAUCAAUGGAGCGGGACUCAGCUAUGCUUACCGUGGGUACCCGGGCCUGGGCGCCGCCAUGCAACACCCGGUCUCCCUGACGAGCGGCGCUACCGCACAGAGCAACGGCCCCACAGACCUCAGCAUGAAAUCUCUGUCCUCUGCCAACAUUGGAAACUCCUCCUCCACCUCCAUCAACAACAGCCUGGGUGGGCGGGGCAGUGGAGGUGCAGGAGGGGGCGGGGCCUCCACCCAGCUCAGCCAACCAGAGAUCACAGCCGUGCGUCAGCUCAUCGCCGGCUACCGGGAGUCGGCUGCGUUCCUGCUUCGCUCGGCGGACGAGCUGGAGAACCUCAUCCUGCAGCAGAACUGAUGUGGGGGAAACGUGGGAGAACACACACACGCGCACACACACACACACACACACACACACACACACACACUCACACUCACACUUCCCAUUCUGUUUGACUGGUGUCCGUCUGCGCCCCCUCCCCUCCUCUCUCCCCCACCGCCGCUUAUUUUUGCCCUCCCUUCUUUAAACUUGGCUUUGUUGGUUCCUCCUCAUCGCUUUCCAUCUCUUUGGAAACUGUGGUUCAUGUUUGGAGAAAAAGUGGGACCCUGGGACGGAGGGAGGGACUCCAGUCCCACCCCAACAUCCCUCAAAACAAUCCCCCACGGCUUCAGUCCGUCGCUUCUGCCAGAGGAGGGGAGGAUCAGCAGAUGACGUGAGGAGAGCGUUGUGACUCUGGAGGAACCUCUUCCUCUCCUCUCUGGAAGCACCUCACAAUCAGCGCUGUGGAGGGGAGGAAGGGGGGAGGAGAAAAGAGGAGUAGAUUGGAGAUUGGAUUGAUUCUGUUUCCUCCUUGUGGGUGAAGAUUUUGAGCUCCGUUGCGUGGAGUUUUGUUUGCCUGAGCGCCGUGUGGCGUUUAGAACAGUUUAAAAGAUAACGAAAUGACGACUCCCUGAGUUAGCACCACUGAAGCUGUUUGCUAAAAGACGAGUGCUUUUGAUUUGAUUCAAGAUUUAGGUUUUUUGGGAGUCCAGUGAACGUUUUGUUUUUUUUUUGUGUGUUGGUUUUUUUGUUUUUUUCACUCUUCCCAAGUGACUGAAGGAAAGAAAAGCGGUUUGACUUAUCUUAAAAGAUAGCACUAAAUCCUUCUGAGUCCCGAGGGGCUAAAGGAUGAGACAAAAGGUGUUUGAAAACGAAAAGGAGGAGAGAGAAUCUUUUUUUGUGCUCGCUUGUAUAUAAGCUCUCUGUGUCCUAUAGCACUUUCCCCUCACCCUGAUCCUCCCCCGCGCCCCGACACCCAUCCUCCUCACCCCUUUUACCCAGGGAGCAACUUGCUACUUAUGCAUCCAUGUUGAUCACCAGGAAAUACCUCAGAUCAGACCUGCCAAUCACAUUUUCAGUUUCACACACACACACACACACGCACACGCACACACACUAGUAAAGUAAAUGGAAACAUUCCCAUCAGAAGCCAGUUUACUUCUCCUUUACCACCUGAUGUCUGCAAGGUUUCUACAUUUUUGGAGGGAGAAUCGAACUUUGUUGCGCAGAGUCCUGAAACGUCGAAGCAUUUCAAGAACUUUUCAAGCACUCGAGUCUUUAACCUUUUCUUUCGUCUGUGCGGGUUCAUUUGUGUGCUGCUGUAUAUAAUCAGAUCAUCUUGAAAACAUGAGAAGAGAUGUGUGCGUGUGUGCGUGUGUGUGUGUGUGAGCGCGAGGGGAGGGGCUUUCUUAAAAGAAAGGGGGGUUAAAUGUUCAUUACUGGUGGCAAAUUUUACCUCCUGCUUUGACUUUUUACAAAUGUAAGACGCCAAUGAAACCUCAGCAUUUUCCUGUUAACCCCCCCGCGGCCCUUCUCUCUCUCUCUCUCUCUCUCUCUCUCUCUCUCUCUCUCUCUCUCUCUUCUCUCCAUUGGACCUACUCUUCACCUCUUCUUCGUGGACCUAAACAUGUUCCUCCUCCUCCUCUUCUCCCUGGUCGGGUCCAGGUUUCAGUGGAGAGGAGUUCUGCUCUGUCUUACUGUGUUUCUCUGUUAAACUCUGAGAUGGCCAUGUUAUUAUUAUUAUUAUUAUGAUUAUUAUUAUUACAAUGAACUUUCAUGUUGCUGCUGCUAUAUAAAAACCGGACCUUCUGCCAUAGACCUGAAACCUCAACAAAGGCGAGCGUUAGUUAGCCGCAGUGCCCCGCCCAAACCCCACCGACCAACCAGCCUCCUGCGACCUCGACUGCAGAAAUGACACAAGGACUCACCGAACUUCAGUGAAAACUCUCCUGCGUCCAUCCGCUCACCUGUCUUUUCUUCUCCCUCUCGGACUGGUUGGUUGGUUUCUUUGUUUUCGCUUCACAGGGCUUGAUUCAUGUCGUGUUUUGUGACUUUCUAACUGUGAAUUGUUUUGAGUCGUCUUCAUCCUGUGGCGGGUGCAGGGACGUAUCAGUGCAGUCGUGCACCUCCACUGUCAGGCCAACAGGUACACGAGUAUGGUUCAGUGUAAAAUACUAAUUUCUUUUGUGAGGGGAUGAUUUUAUUUUGUUUUUUUAUUUUAUUUAAUUUUUGGUUACUUUAAU